AAAAAAAAAAUCAUUAAUUCAAAUAUAAAUAUAACGGAUUUUUCUUGGUUAUUCUAAUUCCAUUGCAAAUAUUUUUAUUUAUUAGUUGUUUGAUUGAAUUAUUAUAUUAUGACAAUGCGGAAUGAAGUGUUAGAAUUAGAAGCAAAGAUCACUAGUCAUGAAGCCUAUGGAACUUCGUAUAAGUGGUCUCCUAAAGAUUUUGAACUAGGCACAGCCCUUGGACAAGGAAAGUUUGGACAUGUGCAUAUAGCUAGAGAAAAGAAGACUGGGUACUUGGUAGCAAUCAAAACAUUGUUCAAAUCCCAAAUAGUUAAAUCCAGAUGUGAACGUCAAGUGAUGAGGGAGAUUGAAAUACAGUCACAUUUGAAGCACCCAAAUAUACUCCGCUUGCUGACAUGGUUUUAUGAUGAACGGCGAAUUUACUUGGUAGUGGAAUUUGCUGCUGGAGGAGAGCUAUACAAACAUCUAACAAACUCUCCUAAAGGACGCUUUCCCGAAUCUAAAGCAGCCAAAUACAUUUAUCAGGUUGCAGAUGCAGUUGAGUAUUGUCAUCAAAAUCAUGUUAUCCAUCGUGACAUAAAACCAGAAAAUAUCUUGGUUGAUUUCAGUGGUGAUCUGAAACUAGCAGAUUUUGGCUGGUCUGUGCAUGCCCCCUCACAGAGACGUAAAACAAUGUGUGGUACUUUGGACUACUUGCCACCAGAGAUGAUAAAACGCGAAGUCUAUGAUGUCUCAGUAGACCACUGGUGCAUUGGAGUAUUACUAUAUGAGUUCCUAGUUGGUAAACCACCAUUUGAGAGUGAAGGUCAGGACAAGACAUAUGCAAGAAUUCUAGCUUUAGACAUGGUAUAUCCAGAACAUGUACCUGAAGGAGCUAAAGAUCUUAUAUCGAAGCUUUUACGUCAUUCAAGUAAAGAGAGAAUAUCUUUGGACGCAGUCAAGAAACAUUACUGGGUACAACAAUUUAAAAAUGGAUCAUAAUGCUAAGUCUGCAAUGUUAAUAUUAAUUUUUAAUUAUUAUACAGUAAUCCCGCCUAUAACACGGUAGAUUCGUUCCGUGUUGUAGGAAUAUUUUUGUAUAACACGCUUGUAUGACCCCAUAUAACGCAUUAUGUAUAUGAAUCACGUUUAACUUUUCUUGUUAAAUGGGAUUUUAAAUCAAAUAUUAAGAAAAAAACUAUGUUAUGAACGAAAUACGUGUUUAUGAAAAUCAAACUAAGAAUAUUUUAAAUAAAAAACUUAUGCAUAUGUAAUUAAAAAACGAUUAAUUUCUAAUAAA